UGUCGUACAUUUAAUGGUGUAUUGUCUAAUACAUUCGUGAGCAUUUGAUAGAAUAAGCGUUCAUCAACAGAGCCUGUGUGGAGCUAUGUGGGAUAAGUUAAUGGAGCGUUCACGCUCGCAUAUGUUAGGAUUGCCUGCUGUAUCGAAAGUGCUAUACCUUUGCCUGGUACUGUGCUCAUUGUUGAAUACCGUGUCUGCGUCUGUGCGUACUUUCUCUAAUGCCGCUUCUGAAGCUGGUCCAGAUGAGUUUCACAAUCUGCAGGGAUACAACUACGGCCGAGACACUAUUGCCGAGCAGUACAAACACGCGCUGAGGAAUAAAAAGGUGCGAAUAGGUGGUUCUUUCAGCGAGAGCCAUAUUUGGAGCUCUACUGCUCAAGGAAGGAGUGGAGGCAACCAUGAUAUCAGCCAAUCAAGUGCAUCUGCUGUGGUUUCUGCAUCUCUGGCAACGACCUCGACUGACCCGUCACCCGCACCCGCACCCGAACCAUUGCUGUCAUGUCGAGCUGCACAUGAUAUGCCGUACGUAGCUUCUAACAGAACAGCUCGCUGUCAGGCUAUCCGGACAGCGUGUAGCGGAACAUCCUCGAUGGUCAACUACACCGCUCUAAUCGGUAUGUUAUUGACUAUUUAUUAG